UGGCUGGUUGCCAACUAACUGAUUUCUGUAGUUCGCCUUAUGGUGACGGGAGUUGGGACGGCUGUAAAACAUCGGGAACAAUGACUGUCAAAUAUUUAUUUUUUGAAAAAACUAUGAGUCCUUAACCGAAGGUUGUUUUUUGCCAUACUAUCUUUCUAGUUUAGUUUGUGUGGCGGGAAAGUGUUAAGAAUAAGAAGUCCAUCAAAUACUGUUUUUCCGAACUGGAUAUUCGUAGUCGCUUGUUCAGGUUCAGGAUUACUUGGGGAAACUAUAAUUAUGUGGCUACUUAUCGUGGCCCGGCGGAUGCAUUUGUUGAUGGGGCAAACAGGAAGAGAGGAACUGUUACGGGCCAGUAAGGCACCGAUUAUACAGAUGUUGCGCGGACCUCGGAGCCCUCAGCCAGCCCAGAUGCCUCUGCGAUUCCUGUGCAGCAUGCUGUUCCAGGGCAACAGCUGUAUGCCAUCCUGCUCGCACCAGAAGAGGUACUUAGUAAGGGAGCCAGUACAGGCUAGCAGAGCCAGGAUGUGCCUAUACACACAGCUGAAAUGUCACAGACAGAUAUUACAAAGAAGGCAAGUCGGUGUCAUUUUCUGCAGCACGCAGGCACCAUCUAAUGCUCUUAUGUUUGAAUACAGACAUGGCAUUCCUGUACUAAACCUUGUGCUACCUUCCCGAGGUGAACGGUGUCAGUUUACUGUAAAACCCUUGCUUAUGACAGUCGGAGACUUUCUUAAGGACAUUCAGAAUGAGGAUAAGGGAAUCGACAGAGCAGGAAUCUUUCAUGAAGAUGGUACCAAGGUGUCAUCGUCAACAUUAAUGGAUGUUCUACUGAGAAGCCAUUUUAAAUUGGUUAUUAACAACCUAACCUAUGAAGUACAGCCACUUAUCAGAGGUGAAUUGAGCAGUGAACACAUUACCCAGAUGGAUGACAUUAAAACCUUAGUCCAUAAGCUAUAUUCAACUCUGUACUUAGAGCAACAUCAGCUGCAAAAGGAGCGUCAGCUUCUUGAGAAAUUAGAAGUGCUGAGAGAGCAAAUUCAGCCGUUGGAGCAGAUGAAAGACAAAAUCCUGCAGAAAGCAGAAGCAAAAACUACUAAGUUACUCUGGAUUGGAUUAGCCCUGAUGUCCACACAAGCUGGUGCUCUUGCCUGGCUUACAUGGUGGGUUUACUCAUGGGAUAUUAUGGAACCUGUUACCUAUUUUAUCACAUAUGGAAGUGCUAUGGCAUUCUAUGCCUACUUCGUCCUUACGAGACAGGACUAUGUUUACCCAGACAUAAAAGAUCGGCAGUUUCUGCACUAUUUUUAUCAAAAAGCAGAGAGACAUAGAUUUGAGAUUGAAAAAUAUAACAAACUAAAGGAUGACCUAGCUCUGGUUGAACAGGAGCUUAAACGCUUACGUGAUCCACUGAAGUUGAAGCUUCCAGUCCAACAAGUUGAUGACAAAGACUGAACACUUUCCUUCCUGACUAGUUCUAAUCUUUGCACUUAAGAUGCAGUAAAAUCCAUUUUGAAAAUAAGAAUAAAGAGAUAUAUAAUUAAGUUUUAA